CACAGUGUAGAAUAACCCAGGGGGCUCAGAAGGGCAGGGCAUGCCAAACCAGAGAGCUGCAGUGCUUAAAUGCCCUGAACUAAAGCACCCUGUAACUCAUAAAUGCAAUACUUAAAAGUAAAUGAAGAAGUCGAAAGAAGAAGAAAGACUAAGUGACGUAUGAGAAGAGGUAAGACCUGUUUAGCUGAAUAAAAGUCAACCUAAUGUGCUCUGCUAAACCCGGCACGCUGUAGAACUUCAAGAUGAGUGCCCACAUGGGAACCUCAGUCAUUGGUGGCACUACUACAAACAAAGGUAAUAGAAAUGAAGAUCCCAGUGAAGGACAUGGCAGCAAUGAGAUUCACAAUCGAUGGAUGAAGGAAAUGAGACCUUUGCUGAGGGCCGCAGAUCACCUCACUGAAGAGCACCUGGUCACACCUGCCCUGCCAUUGAGAAAAGCACACAGAAAGACCUGCCCUGAGGAAAAACAAGGAAGAAGAGGGGAAAGAAACCAAGAAAGAAAAGAGGAGAGGCACAUUAGAGGUAAAGAGAGAGGUCAAGACCAUCCAAGAAGGAUGAAAAAAUUGUGUGCAGAUCAAGCCCAAGACGCAACAAGAAAAGGAACCUUUGAAAGCUUUUCCACUAAUAUGCAGUUAAACAGCAUUUUAAAAACUGAAGAAUCAUCAAACAACUUAGAGAGCAAGCAUACAUGUUCUAAAUCACAAACUGUUGGCUUUACCCAGACUGAAACAAGCGAUUUACACUUUCAGUGUGGUCGACCUGGCGAUCUACGCAGAUUUGCUCCUUUGUCAUCACGGGCCUCUUCAUCAAGAGAUUCAGACUCUUUCUUGGCAGAAGUGAAAAGAGGGGCAGGCUCAGAACAAACAUUGCAAGGCUAUUCAAGUCAGACACACAUCUCAGAUUCAGAAAACGAAGGAGACGAGGAUGGGAAUGAGGACACCAUUGAAGAAGGAGAGGAAGAAGGAAGCGGUGUGGUCGAAGUGACUGGUCGAGGAAUGUAUUCGACAGAGUCGCCACCUUGUAUCCCUUCAGAAGAGAGGAGGAUUAGUAAACGAGAGAAGAGCCGGAUUAAAAGUCUGAGAAGAAGACAGAGGAGGAGAGAGAGAUGGAAACAGAGUCAGCAGCAGGAGAGCAGCCAGAGUUCACAAGCCACCCCCAGCACCAGCAGCAGCACUGAGGAUGAAGAAGCACUGAGCAUGAGAAACAAAGAGGGUUUGGUCUGUGCUGUAUGCUUGGAUGUGUACUUCAAUCCUUACAUGUGCCUCCCAUGCAACCACAUCUUCUGUGAGCCCUGUUUGAGGACACUUGCAAAGAAUAGCCCCACAAAUACCCCCUGUCCUCUCUGCAGAACCAUCAUCACUCAUGUCUUUUUUCAAAAGGACCUGAACCAAACAGCAAAGACAUUCUUCCCAAAGGAUUACCUUUCCAGGAAGCAGAACUUUCAGAGAGCACCUUGCUCAAAGUGGCCCCUCCCAAGCUGUAGGAGGCUCUUCCAAAUCUUUCGAGGUUUCCAGAGGCAGUCAAACCCAAUUGUGAGACGCCAGUUCCCCCACGGAGGAGGAUUCCCACUUGAUGCCCUUGACUUUGAGGAUGAGCCUAGAAGCUGGCGUUUUGACAUGGACAUGGUCAUAAUCUAUAUCUACUCUGUCAACUGGGUCGUUGGAUUCUUCAUUUUCUGUUUUCUUUGCUAUUUAUUCUUUCCUUCCUUUUGACAAUCCUAACUAUGAUGGAAGGACAGAAAAAGACUGAUACUGAUACUGAUAAAAGGAAAGUUAUAAUGUAAAGAUCAAUGAUAUGUUCUGUGAAGGAGUGAAACCUGAAAUAUCAGUUUUAAUGAUAAACCAAAUAAACAUUUGGUCAGAGGGGAGGAAGUACCUGCCAGCGUAUUAUCGCAUUAAUAAGUAAUUAAGAAGAAAUAAAAACAAGACAAAUCCUAUUAACAUCAUAGGAAAAGAGGAGGUGGAGGAGGAGUAAAAAUACCUUGCAUUUCACCUGAAUAAAAAACUCAACAGGAUACGCAGCAGUGAAGUCGUCUACAAGAAGGGACAGAGCAGACUGUGCUUCUUAAGAAAACUUCAGUGUUUUCAGCAAGAUGUUGUGUAUCUUCUACAGGUCUGUUGUGGAAAGAAAAAAAAAUCUCAAUAAGCUAAAUAAGAAGGUCGGCUCUUUUCUAAGAACUCCUUUAGAACCUCUGGAGAUUAUUCUUCCUAAAGUGAAGAACAUUAUGGACAACAGUGAGCAUGCUCUUCAGAAGACUGAUAAAAAGUUACAGAUUGUCUUCAGUAGGAGGCAUCUCCAGAUCCAAUGCAUGACAGACCGCAACAGAAGAUGCUUCCUUCCUACAGCUGUCACCAUCUGUAAAAACUUUUUGAAAAACUGCUCAUGAGUUACUGCAGCAUUUAAUUUCCCUUUCAGAUAAAUAAAGUAUUUUUGAAUUGAACUGAAUUACUGGGACAGACUGGCGGCCUGUCCAGGGUGUACCAC